GAGCAGGGUCGGGCUCCCGGCGCAGGCGAGUGCGGGGUCUGGGAGGCGCGUCCCCUCGCCCUGUCCCCCUUUCCGGAGUCCUCGCCACCACUCUGGGAACGGCGCUGGGGGCGAGCCCCUCGCCCCCCAGCUCUCCCCCUCCCUGCACAAGGCCCGGCGGCCGAGAAGACCCAGGAGCCGUCCCCGUGGGAACCUGCCGGGCGAUGGGGACCCUCCUCACCUCCAGCCAGUUCAACACCAUGUCUCGCUCUCCAAAAUCGUUUUUAAUUUUUUAAACAAUAUUUGGCUUAGGAGGACUCCAUCAAGUUAGGCAAAUCGGGAGUCUAAAUUUGGACUCCGCGUAUUGGGGACAUGAAGUCCCGGGGUCAAGGAGCACCCCUGGCGGACACGAUACGGGUCAGAUCGUUGCUUGCCGAGCGGCCUUGGAGAAAUUUAACUCUGGCAAUUUGUGAUGAGGUCCCAGGAUCUGGGGUCUCCUUUGCCCCCAAAUCCACUUUCCCCUGCAUUUGGGAAAAUGUUCGGGUGUGUCUGGCGCCGGAUGAGUGCUAAUAACCGAAAGCUCCCACCCUCCCGCGCUGAGCGCGCAGCGUGCGCUGGAGACCCUCGGGUACCCGCGCUACAACCCCAGGAAGUAAUUCCUUAUUAUCCCGGCCAGCCCGGGCCCUUGGUUACUCGCUGUGGAAGGUUCUAGAUCUCCCAUUUCAGCCCCACGGGCCAGCAGGGGGCCCCGGCCUGGCAGUCGCGGCGCCUUUAAGGACCGGACCCACGCGGUCAGGUGACCAGGCCGUCGCUUAGCAACAGGACGCGGCGCCGACCCUGGCGGCCCUGGCUGCGGAGAAGCUGUUUCCUGCCUUUUCCUUAUUCCUCGACGCAGCAGCGCGGUGGACAGAGGCGAAAUGUCCGAGGAGAACCCCCAAGAGUGCGCGGAGCCUGUGGAGGCCAAGGCCAAGGUCCCUCCCGAGAAAACCAGCGACUACUACCGCGUACACGAGGACCUGCCGGUCAGGUUCAACAACCCCGCGUGGUUUCGGGGCUACAGGACCAAGGAGCCUGCCUCAGUGUACAGGACCAGUAACCAAGCUUACGGGGGCAGAGCCCCCACGGUGCAUGAGAUGCCGAAAGUAUUUUAUCCAAAUUCGAAUAAGUUUUCCAGACAACUUGCAGCUGGUGGAAUGUUCCGGAACAAUACUUUCAAUGUCUUCAUGGAGAAGAGCAUCGUGACAGGUCCCGACAACUACAUCACCUCCUACGACCGGCUCAACUUCCACCCCAGUUACAAUGUCAACAAGCCGUCCAUCUGUGAUUGAGGGCGGCUGGACAACCCCUCCAAGGGUGUCCUGACUCCAGCUUGAGACCUGGAGAAUCGUCAUCCCUGGUGUUUGAUAAUUUGCCCAACUGUAAAGGUACAGACUUCAGUGCUUUCUCUGAAACUAUUUUCCUCUCUAGCUCAGAAAAGUACGCAAACAGGGCUGUAACGUCCUACUCUCUCUAUUUUACAUCUGCGAUGGAAAGGAUGCUAUUUAACGGCGUGAGUUUCCAAUAAACAAAUUGACACGUCCUGAGUUCCCGACACAUCUGUAAUCAGGGAACGAGCAGCGCUGUGGGCGUCCUGGGACCCAAAUCUUGGCCUGGAUGCUGGGAACACCCCGAUAACUCCACCUGUCUUUAUUUGGGAGCCAUUUUUAUACUCAUGACAAAUUAUGGAUCAGGUUUCCUGUUUUUCUAAAGCACCCUGGCUGAAAUCUGCACAAACACAGCAAGGCCACGGCGCGAGGGUAGGAUGGCAAGGCUGGGGUGUGGGCGAGGGCGGGGCCGGGAAGGCCGAGAGCAGACCCCGUCAGGAAAGCUCCAGGCAGGGAGGCCAUUACUGUCCCCAAUCCGUGAGGCCACACGUGGGGUCACAGGGAACGUCCUCCGGCCAGGGACAAGGGCCGGGGGCAGCAGGCAGAGCACACGAACAAGGCUGGCAAGUGCUGCUUGUGGUGGAAGGGGAGGUGUACAUGGAGGUCUCUACUUUGUGUUCACUUUAAAUUGUUAAUAAAAAGUUAAAAAAAAACAGGCAAGGAGUAACAUUUUUCUCAGGUGGAGGUAAUAACUACAUUAAGUGGAUCUUUUCCUCUAUGUAGUUAGCCCUCAAUCAAUGUUUACUGUGGUUUAGAGGGUCCUCAAUAAGAAGAAAAAUUUUCUAUGACAGUAUAUAUCUUUCAGAUGUAGAUCCCCCACCUUCCUUUAUGAGAACAAGACAUGCUCAUUACAGGACAUUUGGAAAAUACUGAAACCAGACAGAAGAAAUCAUUGUCACAGACCAUUAAUAAUACUUUCUUUACAGAGGUUUUUACCCAGAGAUUUUACUCACAUACACAUUGGGCAGAAAUUAAACACCAUGACUGGUUAUUUCUUCACUAAAAACGUUUUAUUAUUAAUACGCAAAAGUAAACAUUUUGGCCACAUUUUUAAUGUCCAAUUUGGAAUGGAAAUGGUUUCCAGAGAAAAUCAAUACACUUAAUAGAAAGAGACAAAGCUGAGCCUGAAGCGAGCAUCUAUGUCACGUCCUUCUCCUUAGCUGGAAAACCAGCGGAGACCCCAGGCAUCAAACUGAAAAUUAGUUUUUACAACCCUUCAUUAAAAAUACCAAGAUACCAAGAACACUUCUGUUUAGCCUCUGUUGAAAUGAAAAAAGAAAAAGAGUGCCUUAUCAACCAAACUCACCAAAAAGAAGGAAUUCCUUCCUCGCAGCUGACAGUGAAGCGGGUUCACGGCCGUGGAGGAUCACGCCGUCCAGGCAGGAUAACUGCUUUUCCUCCCAACUCAGAGCUGGUGAGCACUGCCCUGUGCAAAGAGACAGCGUCCCCAGAGCCAAAGGCACGGGAGAGGCCCCUGAACCCGCACAAGACCCCCGUUCUCAGCUGUGGGCGCCAUCAGGGCUCAGGCUGGGAGCAUCAGUCGAACUGACAUGGACCAACAGGACAGAUGCCAAGCUCGCUGGGCUUUGAGUUAAUUCUGGCGUCAUAAUCAGGCACUGAGUGCUUUAAUGAAUGGGUCACAGCCAAUAAACUGCUGUUUCCAUAACAGUUGCUAACGAGUUAAUGUAAAGUUAGACUCUGCAUUUAUUCUAAAUAAAGUAAGUGUCUGGAAAGGUGGA